AUGACUGACUUUGGACCUCGUGCCCCUCAUGGGCCUGACAUGUCGGGGACCCAUAACCCGCUCGAGGACAUGGACAUGCACGAGAAGGAUGCCUUCGACCAGCUGAUCCGCCCGGCCGACAGCUACACCAAGGAAGGCGUCUACUGGGCCGAUCUGCCGCUCAUGAAGAAGAUCGGGUUCGUCAACUCCCAGAACAACAACGAGGCCAAGCGGGAACUCAGCGACAUCUGGGCCAUGAUCAAGGUGGACCCCCUGUCGCCCGUCAGCUACUACUUCCGCAACUACGUGCUCCCCGGUGCCGGUCUGGGUCUGGAGGGUUACGUGCUCUUCUCCAUCGGCAACGUCCAGCCUUUGUUCCAGGCUGCCUUCCCCGACUGCUGGGACCAUGCGACCAUUUGCAACAAGCAGUGGAUCAACGCCGUGUCCUACCUCGAGGUCAUUGGGAUCAUUCUGGGCCAGGUCCUCGUCGGUGUGCUGGGUGACUGGAUCGGUCGUCGUUGGGGUCUGAUUCAGGACGCAACCAUCAUGACGCUCUCUUUGGUCAUGUUGACUGCCGCCUGGGGUGUCACGCAGAACGGUUGGGUGAUCUGUUACGCGUGGUCGCUGUUCAUCUACGGCAUUGGUGUUGGUGGCGAGUACCCCAUGACCGCGACCAGUGGUAUGGAGAACGCCGUCGGCUCCGGCAAGGUUUCGACCAAGGACGAUCGUAUGCACCGCGGCCGCAAGGUCGUCAGCGCCUUCUUGAUGCAGGGCUGGGGCCAGGUUCUUAACCAGGCUCUCUUGAUCAUCCUGCUGCUCUGCUUCCACCACGGUAGCGGCAACGCGCCCUACUCCACGGUGGCCACCCAGUGGACCUACCGCGUGUCGUUCGGUAUCCCCGCCGUCGGCACCCUGUGGCUCACCUACUACCGUGCCUACCACAUGAAGGCGGCCAGCAAGCAGCUGACGGCCGCCAAGAAGAAGGCCUCGGUCACCGGCUACGAUGUCGAGUCCCUCCGCUUGACCUUCAAGUACUUCGGUCCUCGUCUCUUGGCUACCACUGUUGGCUGGUUCGCCAAUGAUGUUUUCUUUUAUGGCAACAAGCUGUUCCAGUCCGAUUUCAUCGACGUGAUCAUCGGCAAGACCGACUCCGUCAUGCCCACCUGGCUGUGGAACUUGGCCAACUGCGGUGUCUCGCUGGCUGGUUACUACAUGGCCUCGUUCUUUGUCGACAACAAGCUAUACGGCCGCAAAUGGAUGCAGCAGAUCGGUUUCCUGCUCUGCUUCAUUAUGUUUGUCGUUCCCGCCUUCCACUACGAGUACUACACCCAGCCCGAGCACAUCAAGUCUUUCCAGGCCAUGUACUUCCUCAGCUCCUUCUUCAACCAGUUCGGCCCCAACUGCAUCACCUUCCUCGUCGCCGCGGAGGUCUACCCGACCCCGAUCCGCGCCACCGCCCACGGCCUCUCCGCCGCGUGCGGUAAGCUCGGCGCGCUGCUCACCGCCGUGCUGGGCAACUACAUCACCACGCAACAGAAGUUCUACGUGGUCCCCUGGUUCGGUCUGGCCGGUAUGGUCUUCACCUUCUUCUUCCUCCCUGACACCACUGGUCUGGACCUGAAGGAGCAGGAGCGCCGCUUCCAGUACCUCCGCGCUGGUCGUGAGGAGGACUACCACGGCCCUGCCGUCCACUCCAAGCACCUGUCCCUGUGGGAGCGCAUGACCGGCAGGGGCAAGUACUACAACGCCGAGCUGGACUACCAGCAGAAGGUCGAGGAGUUCCGCGCUGAGUGGGAAGCUCUCAUGGCUGAGAAGGUGUCUGAGGAGAAGAGCGAAGCUGUCUUUGACACUGAUGAGUCGCUCCUCGAGGGUCAUGUCCACACUUACUUCCACCGCACUAGCCCCAUGUUCAAGGGCAUGGAGCAGUCCGUGCCGAGUAAGCAGGAUAACUUUACUCUGCCCCCGCCGGCUGAGAAGACCUCCGAGGAUACCGUCGGCAACGAGAAGCAUUAA